AUGACAUUUGUCACUCCUACGGAGAGUUCGUUUCAUUUUUCAUGUAUUUCAGUCCAGGAGACUUUUGACGCCUUAAACCAACUUAAUUCAAGGAAAUCACCAGGACUGGACGGCAUAAGUGUAAAACUAUUAAAAGAUACAAGCGAUGUUAUCGCGCAACCAUUAGCCAACAUCUUUAAUCUAUCUCUUCAGACUGCAAUUUUUCCGGACGAGUGGAAAAUCGCCAAGGUAUCACCAGUCUUUAAAGAAGGGAAUAAAACUGAUUGCGGAAAUUAUAGACCAAUCUCUGUAAUUUCUGUGGUUGCUAAGCUGUUUGAAGGGCUAGUGUACAAUCAAUUGAGAACGUUUAUUGCCGACAAUAGCAUUCUUGUAGAGCAACAGUCCGGUUUUCGUUCACAACACUCUACUGAGACGGCACUCUUAGGUUCGACAAAUGAGUGGUUAUAUAACAUGGACAGUGGCUUAAUCAAUGGAGUCCUGUUCUUGGACUUGAAAAAAGCUUUUGACACUGUCGACCAUGAAAUCUGA